CUGAAUUAAAAUUUGUCUUCCUAUUUGGGUGCGAUUGCAUAUUACUGUAUGCUGAAGGUAUAUAGGGUAAAACAUAAUCUUGGAUUGGUAGCUGUUUCAGUCCAUUGCACACCGAGAUUCCCUGUUCCAGUACCUAUCAGUUUAAAAGAAACCAACAAAUAUAUAUGAGUUCGUGUUGAUAUAUAAGAGGCAUUGUGUGACAAUGUCACGUAUUUCAAGGCGCAAGAGCUUGAGGCAGAAGAAAGUGGUUCUCUUCAACGCAAAAGGGACUCCAUGCGGGAAGGUAGCAAAGGAAAUGCAAUCAUAUAUUGGUGUCUUAGCUCGUAGAAAGAUACCAAUCAUAAGGACUACUUGGAGAACUAUCAAGAACCAUAUUGGAGGUGUCACCGCUGAGGAGAAAGAGAAAAUCUGGUUACGUGUGCAGGGAGCAUUUGAGAUUGGUCCUGAAAAAAGGAAAAUCGUAUUGGGAUCAGCUGCAUCAAAAUGGAGGGAAUUCAAGUCCCGGCUCACAAGGCAUUACAUUAUGCCUUACUUGGAUGACCCUGAAUCCUUGAAGUUUCCUCCGGAUGAUUAUAGAUUCAUCAAUAAGGAUCAUUGGACCCAAUUUGUGGCUGAACGGACAAACCCACAAUUUAUUGAAGUGCGUAGGUUGGCACAAGCUAGGCGUGCGAAGAAUAAGUAUCCCCACCGAAUGUCCCGUAAGGGAUAUGCUGGGUUGGAGGAAGAGCUGUCUACAACAAUGGAGGAGGAUGAAAUUGAUAGAGCGACACUAUGGAUCGCUGGACGACAGACCAAGCAGGGAACCUUCAAGGAUGAAGGGACGAAGCAGUGCGCUGAAAAAAUUAGGGACUUGAAGGAGAAGGUUGCUAGUGGAGAAUUAAGCACUAGUGGAAGUAAUGAUGUGUUAACCUUGGCUUUGGGCACUCCUGAGCAUGGUGGUAGAGUGCGAGGGGUGGGAGCUUAUGUGAAUCCCUCAUCUUAUUUUCACACCCCUAAACGUAGAAGGGAGAGCAUCCAAGAGACUAUUCGAAUCAGUGUGCAAAAAAUACUUGAAGAACAAAAAGAUAAGAUCAUUGAAGAGGCCAAGCAACAGGCAAUUAAAGAAGAGAGGGCAUUUUGGGUUCAGAAGCUUGCACAGCUGGAAGCAAAGGUAGACGCAAGGGAGGUUGGGAAAGUAGCUAGUUCUCCAGCAAUGCUAGAGAAAUACAUUCUGCAUGGAUCUGGGCAAGGCAGUUGUUCACAAACUGCAGGUCCAACAUGUGAUGAAGAUCGAUAUGCUCAAGUGCAAGACGAGGUAGUGAAUGUUGUGGAUGGGAAAGCAAUUCAGAAAGCUUUGGUUGUAAUUGAGGAGAAAGCAAUGGAAUGUAAAAACAAAGUUUCAAAGAGGAAGGAGUGUGAUGGAAAAUUUGUUUUCAACUCCAAUAAAAAGGAUGAGCUAAGCAAGUUGAGUGAGCAUGAAAAGAAACAAGUGGCUGACCAUGGAGUUGAGGGACAAUUAGCUGGAGAGAAAGUGGUACAAGGAGUUGAGACUAGUGCCAAGUUCGCAUUAGGUUCAGUUGAUCAUAUUGUAGCUCUUGGCACUGUGAUGGAACACAAUGACCCCUCCCAACUUUGUCAUGGUUAUCCACUAGGGGAUAAUAAUUUGCGUGUUUCAGUCUCUGUUGCAAUUGAGGAGAACGCCUUAGUUCCGUUUCCUGUGGGUGAUGAAAUACGAACUGUUAGGCAGGCCAUGGGGAGUUGGGUACCAUGGCCGAAAGAGCUUGUCAUAAUGUCACCUGUGAAGAAACCUGAGAGGAAGAGAAAAAAGAAAGUGGUACAGGAAGACGAACUCUCUGAGGAUGAGUUGAGCCUACAAUCAUUGGCAGCUGCCUUACCAAAUUCAUUGAGCAUGUUGUGCAUGUGGGGUGAGGUCGGAUUCAAAGAUAGGAAGGCUAUCACCAUUCAAAUUGAGGCUGAAGUGUUUGGCCGUGCACGGAAAACAUUUAUACUACGGCAAGAUGUGCACAGAAUUGCAACCAUGAACGAAUUAACUGGGAAUUGCAUAGUGAUAUACCAGAGGUACCUCUAUGAUGUCCUGAGUCAAUAUAAAAUGUUGGAUAUGGUUGCUUUUGUUGACCCUGCGAUGAUUGGUGCAAUUGGGUGUGGGAAAGGUCAAGAAAGGUCCCAACAUAUAAAGGAGAGGCUGGUAUCUGCAAAACCUGGACAGAUUUUCAUGCUGCCGUAUAACUCAGAUAAACAUUGGGUACUGACUGUUGUGGAUCCCGAACAAGAAAUUGUUUAUUUUAUGGAUCCCAUGAAGAGGCGGUUACCCACCGGAGAAUGGGUUUCCAUUGUUGAUAGUGCAAUAUCUAUGUAUAAUGCACACAAGGGUAGGAAAGGCCGAAGUUCACCUAUAUGGAAAAAUUUGUCGGGUAUUCCUCCUCAACCGAACAACAAGGAGUGCGGCUACUUUGUCAUGCGAUACAUGAGAGACAUCAUUGAGGAUAAAGACUUUUCAUUUGUUAGCAAGUGGGAGAGAAGAAGCAGCCUUGUUUAUACCCAAGUGGAUAUUGAUGAGAUAAGGAAUGAGUGGGCUAGGUUUGUGGUUAAUAGAUAUGUGUAG